AUCAAACCCAAUCAAGCGAAAUUAAUAUGAAGACAGAAAUCUUUUGCUGUCUUAGAAAAGUGCUGCAAACCAUAAACCGAACCGCUGUUAACUAUCUUAAGGGCUUAAAGCGCUCACAGAAACAUAUGUACAUAUAUAAGUUGGGGCACGUUUUGGUCUUCGGGCUACCGACAUAAGCAAAAUACGGCCAAAACGCUGCGCUGUGUUGAGGUCAAUGAUUUCUUGGUUUUCACGCUUUUGGCUUUGGCCAGCGAAGACGAAAGCGAAGCAGAGGACAAAAACACUUGCUGGGCAUAUAUUGAAUAUUAAUUAAAAAGAAGAAGAGGAAGAAGAAGCUUGGACUUAUGUAAACAACGGAGAGUGUUUCGACUGGAAGAGUCUGUGUGGACCCAUCCACCCUCCUCCCUGGCAGAUGACAUAAUAUGAUAUAGAUAGCGAUUGAUUCAUGCAAUAUGAUUUCUGAUUUCUGAUUUGGUGAUUUUUGAGGCCAUGCUGAUAGCAGAGCAUUCAAUUAGACUAAAACGAAAUGCAUGUUCGGGCCAAAGUGUGUUUUGGGCAUAAAAUCGGGGCAAUUGCUGCAGGCGCAGUUCAGUUAGUCGAACAGAGUUGAGAUCGAUCGAUCAAUCAGAGAAGAUGCAUAGAACGUGGCUGUAUAGCAUCGUCGUAGUCUGCAGUUGCCUUGGCUGUGCGUGGGGCGAUGUGUUCGAGGAGUGCUCCGAGUCGGAGCCGGAGAGCUUUGUCGCCAGCUGGGAGAGCUGUCAGUCGUAUGUCUAUUGCGAUGGCGACGAUUCCAUCUUGGGCGAUUGUGAGGCGGGACAGUAUUUUGAUCCGGAGUCGGGCGCUUGUGAUGAUGCGGCGAAUGUCAAGUGCUUUCUGGACGAAGUCGAUGAGCCCGACGCCGAGGAGGAGCCCGAUGAGCCGGAAACACCGCCCGCCGAACUAGAUCCCACGCCGCCCACCAUGGAAACGCCCAUAGAGGUGGACAUUGUGCAGGCGGCGCCCGUUGUCAAACCGAGCUGCCCCAACACCGACGAUCCCAGCCAGGUGAUCUUCAUGGCCAACAACGACUCCUGCACGGACUACUACUUGUGCUACCACGGACACGCCAUGCAGAUGCAGUGCACCAAUGAGCUGCACUUCAAUGCCAAGACGGGGCAGUGCGAUCUGCCCGAGAAUGCCCACUGCGCCCUGGAUCAGUUUGCCAGCCACAAGUGCCUGCCACACAUGACGGACUUCUUUCCGCAUCCGGACAAGUGCAGCUACUUCUACUACUGCAUCAAGGGCUUCCUGACGCUGCAGCAGUGUCCCUUCUACUACGGCUGGGACAUCGAGCGACGCAGCUGCGUCCACCUGAACGUGGCCAAGUGCUACGGCAAUGCGCGGCGUGCGUAGCGCCCUAGGCAUCUUAGGCAACAUAGAUACUGAGAACUUUAUCUUAA